GAACCAGUAUCUCCUUUUUUCAGUCUCUGGGCUUUUUAAAAAAGAGCCAGAAGCUUCAAUGUUGGAUGCCGUGCUAUGACAACGUCACUGCUGCUCCGUCCGCGCUGGGUCGACCCGUCGGUGAUGUUCCUCUACGACAACGGCGGAGGUUCCGAUGAACUGAGCAAGAACAUGGAGGGUUUCGCUGGUGGCAACUUUGCUGCGAACCAGUGCAGGAAUCUGAUGGCGCACCCCGCGUCCCUGGCACCGAGCACGGCGUACUCCUCCAGCGACGUGCCCACCUCCGCUAUGAGCGAGCCAGUCAAGCAGUGCAGCCCCUGCUCUGCAGCUCAGAAUUCAUCCAGCGCGUCUCUCCCUUAUGGCUACUUCGGUAGCAGUUAUUAUCCGUGCAGAAUGUCGCAUCACAACAGCAUAAAACCGUGCGGCGCGCAGCCUCCCUCUGCGUAUGGAGAGAAAUACAUGGACACAUCCGCCUCGGGGGACGACUUCGCUUCUCGGGCAAAGGAAUUCGCGUUUUAUCCGACAUAUUCUUCAGGCCCAUAUCAACCUGUGCCCAGUUACCUGGACGUCCCCGUCGUGCCAACGAUCAGUGCGCCAUCAGAAGCCAGACACGAGUCCCUGCUGCCUAUGGAGACUUACCAACCGUGGACUCUCGCCGCCAACGGCUGGAACGGCCAGGUUUACUGCGCCAAGGAGCAGCCACAGCCUGGACACAUGUGGAAGAGCUCCAUACCAGACACGGUGUCCCACGGUGGAGGAGACUCUGGUUCUUAUCGACGUGGAAGAAAGAAGCGCGUGCCAUACACCAAGGUGCAACUGAAGGAACUCGAGCGCGAGUACGGCGUCAAUAAAUUUAUCACGAAGGACAAAAGGAGGAGGAUAUCUGCGCAGACCAACCUGUCCGAGAGACAGGUCACGAUAUGGUUUCAGAACAGACGCGUAAAGGAGAAGAAAAUUGUACACAAAUUGAAAACUAUCAGCUAGUUCCUUUCGUUUAUUUUGAUUUUAUUCUCUUUUUUUCCUUUUUGUUUAUUACGGACAAUAUUUGUGGAAAC